GUUGUAUAACGCGCAGGAGAGGUGCGGGAGUGGGAAAGGUGCGGGAAAGGUGCGGGAAAGGUGCGGACAUUGGAGGGGGAAACUAAUCCAAACUGUAACUGGGUUACUGGCUAUAAAUAAAGGAUGCUGCCGGCUCAUUUCUCCAUCCCGAUGUCAAGGAUGAUGCUGCUGGUCUUGCUGCUUUCCAUCGUUCUGUACUGCGGGGGCGCUCAGCGCUCGGAGCCCAUGUUCACGGCUAUCACCGCCACCGCCCUACCGCCAGACUACGAAAACAACCCGACGCAGCUGAAUUAUGGGGUGGCCAUCACCGAUGUGGACAACGAUGGAGACUUUGAAAUUGUAGUCGCUGGAUAUAAUGGACCCAAUCUCGUGUUGAAAUACAUCAAAGAAAAAGGUCGCCUAGUGAACAUAGCGGUGGAUGAACGCAGCUCUCCGUAUUAUCCACUCCGGGAUCGCCAGGGCAAUGCCAUCGGGGUCACCGCCUGUGAUAUAGAUGGCGACGGGCGAGAGGAGAUUUAUUUUCUGAACACGAACAAUGCUUUCUCAGGUAUGGCAACAUACUCGGAUAAGCUGUUCAAGUUCCGAAAUGGACGCUGGGAAGACAUCCUCAGUGACGAUGUCAACAUCCGGCGAGGGGUCGUAAACCGGUUCGCCGGGCGCUCGGUGGCUUGUAUUGACAGAAAGGGUACUGGAAGAUACUCCAUUUACAUUGCAAACUAUGCAGAUCGGAGGGUGGGCCCCCACGCCUUGAUUGAACUGGAUGAGGCAGCAAGUGACGUGGCCAGGGGAGUCCUUGUCCUCUCCAAUGUGGCGGCUGAAGCCGGUGUCAAUAAGUAUACAGGUGGACGUGGAGUCACGGUCGGGCCGAUCCUGAGCUCAGCCGCGUCUGACAUUUUCUGUGACAAUGAGAACGGUCCCAACUUCCUCUUCCAGAACAAAGGCGAUGGCACCUUCGUAGACAUGGCGGCCAGUGCGGGGGUGGAUGACACCUAUCAGCACGGCCGUGGGGUUGCAUUAGCUGACUUCAAUCGGGAUGGAAAGGUGGAUAUUGUGUAUGGAAACUGGAAUGGACCUCACCGCCUGUUCCUACAGACCAGCACAAACGGGAAAGUUCGAUUCCGGGAUAUUGCUUCUCAGAAGUUCUCCAUGCCCUCGCCGGUCCGCACGGUGAUCGCGGCUGACUUUGAUAACGAUCAGGAGCUGGAAGUCUUUUUCAAUAAUAUCGCCUACAGGGGUUCUUCAGCAAACCGAAUGUUCAGGGUGGGGCGUCGGGAACAUGCGGAUCCUUUCAUGGAGGAGCUCAACCCCGGGGAUGCUUCCGAGCCGGAUGGACGGGGAACCGGUGGCGCUGUGACGGACUUUGAUGGCGACGGUAUGCUGGAUCUAAUCCUUUCUCACGGAGAGUCCAUGGCACAACCGAUAUCCGUCUUCAAAGGCAAGCAGGGUCUGAAAAACCAUUGGCUCAGAGUAAUACCCCGGACCAAGUUUGGUGCGUUUGCCCGCGGCGCGAAGGUAGUUCUGUACACAAAGAAGAGUGGAGCCCACCUGAGGAUCAUCGAUGGCGGAUCCGGUUACCUCUGUGAAAUGGAGCCAGUGGCUCACUUUGGUCUUGGAAAAGACGAAGCGAGCAGCUUGGAGGUGACCUGGCCUGACGGCAAGAUCCUCACCCGGGGCAUCGCCGAAGGGGAAAUCAAUACCGUCCUAGAGAUUGCCUACCCCGCGGAUGAAGACAGCGCCACUAAGCCAACGCUUAUCGAGUGCGGCCAGGGCUUCUCCAUGAAUGGGAACGGACAUUGUGGAGACACAGACGAGUGCCUCCAGUUCCCGUUCCUCUGCCCCAGAGAGAAGCCGGUGUGUAUAAACACGUAUGGGGGUUACAAGUGUCGCCCCAAUAGAAGAUGUAAUCGCGGUUUUGAGCCGAAUGAAGACGGCACGGCGUGUGUCGAUAUCGAUGAAUGCGCUCUUGGUACCCGUGAAUGCACCCAACUUUGUGAGAACACAGAGGGAUCCUACACCUGCCGCUGUCUUCCAGGAUUCCGCUUAGAAAUCGGCUCAGACAGUCAAUGUGUUGAUAUAAAUGAAUGCCUGGAAGGAGGCGGGCCAUGUGAUCACGUCUGCCAUAACGACGCCGGAUCCUACCACUGCCACUGUCAUGGCGGCUAUUACCUGGCGCGGGAUGGGAGAAGAUGCCUCCAGCAAUUAUAAAUGUUUUAUAACACUUUUCUUUUUACACAAAUUUCACUGAAUGUACGAUUGCCUGUGUGUCUAUCCUCCCAACAAUCCUACAACUCGCUGUUGCUACAAGCUACGGUCUAUAUUCUACCAGGAGAUGCGCUUUGCUGAUUUUUGCUUAAAGGGUCACUAAAGGAAAAAAAUGUUUUUGCUGAAAUGACUGUUUAUUGGGUAUAGAGACAUAAAAGUUA